AUGAAGAUGCUGGAACUGAGUUCCCGUGGAGAUGAAGCUGAAGACUCCACAGACAACAGGACUCCCGCCCUCACGGGGCCCGGGACUCCCGCCCUCACGGGGCCCGGGACUCCCGCCCUCACGGGGCCCGGGACUCCCGCCCUCACGGGGCCCGGAACUCCCGCCCUCACGGGGCCCGGAACUCCCGCCCUCACGGGGCCCGGGACUCCCGCCCUCACGGGGCCCGGGACUCCCGCCCUCACGGGGCCCGGAACUCCCGCCCUCACGGGGCCCGGGACUCCCGCCCUCACGGAGGCCAGGACUCCCGCCCUCACGGAGGCCAGGACUCCCGCCCUCACGGGGCCCGGAACUCCCGCCCUCACGGGGCCCGGGACUCCCGCCCUCACGGAGGCCAGGACUCCCGCCCUCACGGAGGCCAGGACUCCCGCCCUCACGGAGGCCCGGGACUCCCGCCCUCACGGGGCCCGGAACUCCCGCCCUCACGGGGCCCGGGACUCCCGCCCUCACGGAGGCCAGGACUCCCGCCCUCACGGAGGCCAGGACUCCCGCCCUCACGGAGGCCCGGGACUCCCGCCCUCACGGGGCCCGGGACUCCCGCCCUCACGGGGCCCGGGACUCCCGCCCUCACGGGGCCCGGAACUCCCGCCCUCACGGGGCCCAGGACUCCCGCCCUCACGGAGGCCAGGACUCCCGCCCUCACGGGGCCCGGAACUCCCGCCCUCACGGGGCCCGGGACUCCCGCCCUCACGGGGCCCGGGACUCCCGCCCUCACGGAGGCCAGGACUCCCGCCCUCACGGAGGCCCGGGACUCCCGCCCUCACGGAGGCCAGGACUCCCGCCCUCACGGAGGCCCGGGACUCCCGCCCUCACGGGGCCCGGGACUCCCGCCCUCACGGAGGCCAGGACUCCCGCCCUCACGGAGGCCCGGGACUCCCGCCCUCACGGGGCCCGGGACUCCCGCCCUCACGGGGCCCGGGACUCCCGCCCUCACGGGGCCCGGGACUCCCGCCCUCACGGGGCCCGGGACUCCCGCCCUCACGGAGGCCCGGGACUCCCGCCCUCACGGGGCCCGGGACUCCCGCCCUCACGGGGCCCGGGACUCCCGCCCUCACGGGGCCCGGGACUCCCGCCCUCACGGGGCCCGGGACUCCCGCCCUCACGGGGCCCGGGACUCCCGCCCCCCCGGGGCCCGGGACUCCCGCCCUCACGGGGCCCGGGACUCCCGCCCUCACGGGGCCCGGGACUCCCGCCCUCACGGGGCCCGGGACUCCCGCCCUCACGGAGGCCCGGGAGGACUCCCGCCCUCACGGAGGCCAGGACUCCCGCCCUCACGGAGGCCCGGGAGGACUCCCGCCCUCACGGAGGCCCGGGAGGACUCCCGCCCUCACGGAGGCCAGGACUCCCGCCCUCACGGAGGCCCGGGAGGACUCCCGCCCUCACGGAGGCCCGGGAGGACUCCCGCCCUCACGGAGGCCCGGGAGGACUCCCGCCCUCACGGGGCCCGGGACUCCCGCCCUCACGGGGCCCGGGACUCCCGCCCUCACGGGGCCCGGGACUCCCGCCCUCACGGAGGCCCGGGACUCCCGCCCUCACGGGGCCCGGGACUCCCGCCCUCACGGGGCCCGGGACUCCCGCCCUCACGGGGCCCGGGACUCCCGCCCUCACGGGGCCCGGGACUCCCGCCCUCACGGAGGCCGGGACUCCCGCCCUCACGGAGGCCGGGACUCCCGCCCUCACGGAGGCCGGGACUCCCGCCCUCACGGAGGCCGGGACUCCCGCCCUCACGGAGGCCGGGACUCCCGCCCUCACGGAGGCCGGGACUCCCGCCCUCACGGAGGCCGGGACUCCCGCCCUCACGGAGGCCGGGACUCCCGCCCUCACGGAGGCCGGGACUCCCGCCCUCACGGAGGCCGGGACUCCCGCCCUCACGGAGGCCGGGACACUCGCCCUCACGGGGCCCGGGACACUCGCCCUCACGGGGCCCGGGACACUCGCCCUCACGGGGCGUAA